UUCACUUUAACAAUUUAACUUGAUAUUUGACUUGAUUUUCAACAAUUAACCAUAAAAGUGCAACAGGUAAUUAAAUUGUGAUCUUCAAAGUACAUUUUGAUUGACUGACUGAUUGUCAUACUUGGUUAACUGUUAAUUUAAUCUUGCUCGGUGGUAUCGAGUUAAUUAUUUUCCCAAUGAGAUUAACAUGGUCACCAGUGUUUCCAUCACAAUUAACUGUAAUUAUCUUCACAGUGAUAAUCUUUAAUUGUGUUAAAUCAACUUGUCAAUAUUGUGUUACCUUUGAUUUUGAUGAUCCAAAUUAUCAUGAAAAUUUUGCCUCCUUACAAUCAACUAUCAUUCAAUUAGAAAGCAAUUCAACGGUUAACAUAAUUACUCCAGGUUAUAAUGAAUCUCAACAUUAUCCAAGUAAUUUAAUUUGUUCCUGGACAAUUAAACAAAAAUUGUCUAAUUACAAUCAUGAUCCAAUCGCGAUUCAUUUUGAUGAUUUUAAUUUAGAAAAUAGUUUCAAUUGUGUUCUAGAUUCUCUCUGGUUAUUCAUUGGUAAAAAUUUAACACAAUCACCUGAUUAUCGUUUCUGUGGGUCAAUUAAACCGGAUGAUCAAAUUUUCAACACAACAACAAUUAAUUUAAUCUUCAUCACUGAUUCACAUCGUAAUUAUCGAGGAUUCAACAUCUCAUUUAAAUUUGACAAUUCCAAAGGUUCACAUGAAAGUAAAUGUGUCGAUACUUUGACUCAAUUUUCCUGUUCUAACGGUAAUUGUGUUAACAGUUCGUUGGUUUGUAAUGAAAUUGAUGAUUGUCACGAUGGAUCCGACGAAGAUGAAUGUCAUCAUAAUGAUAUCGUUGACGAUGAUGAUGAUAAUGAUGGGACAAGGAUGGUCAUCUGUCCUUCCUGGAUUAAUAAUAACAAAUUAAAGGGUCGACUCUCAAUUAUUGGAGGAACCACUUCCUUACCUAAUUCUUGGCCAUGGCAAGUCUCAUUGCGGAUCAGGUCACAAUCGUCAAUCCAUUGGAAGCACAUUUGUGGAGCUGUUUUAAUCAACUAUUCAACCAUAUUAACGGCAGCUCAUUGUUUCCAUAAUAAACAUCUCAAUCUAACUAAAUACUCGCUGGCUUUUGGUGAAUACAAAUUAGAUGAUGAAUCUUCAGCUGAUCAACUAAUCACUCGAUAUCCACGAGAUAUUAUUAUUCAUCCAGAUUACCAAUUAAAUGGUGUUAAUGGUAAAGAAGAUGAUAUCGCCGUAAUCAAAUUAAAUUAUCCAGUUUACAAUUUAACUAAUAUCAAACCAGUUUGUAUUCACAAUUGGACAACAUUUGAUGAUUUACCUAAAUAUGGUUUCGUCACUGGUUGGAGUCAAGGUCUAAAUAAUUUAAUCAACGUUUUAUCUGAAGUACGAUUACCAUUGAUUUCGGGUUCUCAGUGUUCUCAUUAUUAUGGAAAUGAGUUUUUCAUUGAUUCCGAUAAAAUUAUCUGUGCGGGUCAGAAAGAAGGUCAUAAAGACUCAUGCAAGGGUGAUUCUGGUGGACCUUUAGUUGUUAAUCUUCGUGGUGGCUGGUCGUUAAUUGCAUUGGUCUCAUCUGGUUCUGGUUGUGGAUUACCUGAGAAACCAGGAAUCUACACUAACGUUAAUUAUUAUAGUAAUUGGAUUAUGGAAACAAUCAAAAAAAUUAGAUGACAAUCAACGGAAAAUGUAUCAUUCUCAUCAAUUGUUCAUCUUCAAUGUUGAACAAUUAAAAGCGAAAUGAUCAAUGUAAAUUGGGCUUAGGGAUGAUCUAAACAAUCAACUAAACUUUGAUAACAAUUCAAUCAAUAUCAAUAACAAUUAACUUUAAAUUAGGUAAUUUCAUCACAAUGUUUAUAAUAAUCAAUUUCAAUAAUGAAUAAAUUGAUUGUUAUUAAACUCUAAGAAUAAUCAACAAUCUCUUAUUACUUAUGAUUACAAUUUAAUAGAUUUAAUUUUAAUCACUAACCCGAUCUGAUGAAAAAAUUUCCACACCAAUUAUAUUAAUAAUUAUAAUGAAAAUUUUGAUUGAAUGAAAAAAAGGUUAAUCUGUAGGCUUGUCUAUUAACUACUCAUCUUCACCUAAUCUUAAUUUAACUUGAUUAAUGAAAAGAUUAUCAUGAUAGUGAUGAUGAGAAGAUUAAAAUAAUUUUCUUAAUCAUCAAUGUCUAAUCGUACGGUAUCUUGAUCAUGAUUAACAAAAAGGAUAAUCAAACCCUGGGUUGGGUUAAAUUGUUGAUUGACAAUUUACCUUUAACAAUAACAACAAUCGGCUACUUGAUAUUAAUAAAAUCAU